GGGCGUGGCAGGUGAGGUAGGCAUGUGCGGGGUGAGCGGCCAGGACAUUAGGACAUUAGGGCCUCGUGUCCCUCCUCCCACCUCCUGGUUAUAAUUUAACUUUGUGCCAGGAUGGAGCGGCAGGGCUUCUCUUGGGGGGACAGUUCUCAGCCUCUUCAGGCACCUACGUGGGCUCCUAGCCAAGUCAGGGAGUCGGGCACCCUCAUGCAGAACAAAAUCUGGGGUCUGAGAUGGGUGGUGCCGGUCCUGGGCUCUCAGCAGAUGCCAUGGGCCCGGGACCUGGCACCCCGCUGGCCUGGGCACCCGUGUCAGAGGCUGGCACAUCCCGUAAGGCUCACGCUGCACUGGGCAGCACAGGCCUGGGCUCCAGGGCUUGGGAAAAGAGGGGCUCCUGUGGGGUGGGGGGAGAAAGGGGAGCCAAGCACAGGGACCCCGGCGCCCUGCAGCUUUUCAGAACACGAGGACCCACCUGGGAGGCAAUCCCCUGUCCUGCCCCACUCCACCCUCUGCUUCUGGGAGCAGCCUCUCUCCUGUCCUCAGUCACAGGCUCUAGGGGACCAGGGACAGAAAGGGAGUUCUGGCCUAUCUAACAAACAUUGCAACACCGAGUCAGGAACGGUGAGAGAGGGCAGCAGAGGACAAAGUGAGGAUCGUCACUGGGGCAGAGUCCACCGAGACUCCAGGUGCCUUCAGAGCCCAAAUACUCCCUGCAGUAUCCCCGUUAUGGUGGGGGAAGAGGACAAGGACCACCCCUCCUCAAGGCAGCUCUCCCCUGUGGGGCAGCCCGAGCUUGGGGGACUUUCCGAGCUGGAACCUGCAUUUGGAGGACACCCCUGCCUGGGUCUGGCCUCAGCAUGCCCAGAUGACCAAACCGAGACCUCGCAGGAAUAACCUUCCCAAGAGCACCCGGCCAGAGAGCGGCAGACCCGGGGACCCACCAGCUUCCCUGCUGGUCUUGGGCAACUUGCUAAGUUGCAGAUCUUACCUGCAAAAUGGAAAUACCAGGAUGGCCCCCUCUGUAAGUGCAAGAGCACUGUAAGGCCUCUGGGGAUCAUCUGGGAGACGGCCAGUGUCUUUGCCCAAAACCCGGAAGCACUCGGACUUACACACGUGCCCACCUGCAGGCUCUCCCCCACUGCCCAGAUGUGCGCGCUUACUCCCCAGCUCACGCCACGCACAGGCCCCGUAGGUGA